AUAUCCCCCUCCCAUUACCUCGCUAUGCCAGCCCAGGGACCACGCCUGGCGCAGAUAGACGGCCAUAUUGCAAAGAGAAUCUCUCGCUCCUUCUUUCCUAGUGGUGAAACGCACGGAGUUUAACAUCACUAUCAACACCACUCAUGCGGGGGGAAACAGACACAGGGCGAUCAGAACGACAGGAGAAGAAACAGUUAUUUAUUUUUUCUUUGAUAAAAGACUCUCUUAAUUUGGAAAAUACUUCCAGUGUGUCCGCUGCCUAGAUUAAAGGCUACAGAGGAGUUUGUGUGGGGGGAAGGACACCUUUUUUCUUUACUUUUUUUUUUCUUCUUUGGAGAAUGCCGAAACCGAUCAAUGUACGUGUCACUACGAUGGAUGCAGAGCUGGAGUUUGCCAUCCAGCCCAAUACAACUGGCAAGCAGCUAUUUGACCAGGUGGUAAAGACAGUUGGACUUCGUGAAGUCUGGUUCUUUGGGCUACAGUAUGUGGACAGCAAAGGUUACACAACAUGGUUGAAACUGAACAAAAAGGUAACGCAACAAGAUGUCAGAAAAGAGAAUCCCCUGCAGUUCAAGUUCCGGGCAAAAUUCUUCCCUGAGGAUGUAUCUGAGGAGCUGAUCCAGGAGAUCACACAGAGGCUGUUCUUCCUGCAGGUGAAGGAGGCCAUCCUGAACGAUGAAAACUACUGCCCACCUGAGACCGCCGUCCUGCUGGCUUCUUACGCCGUGCAGGCCAAGUACGGCGAUUUCAACAAAGAGGUCCACAAGCCAGGCUAUCUAACCAAUGACAGGCUCCUUCCUCAGCGGGUUUUGGAACAACAUAAACUAACUAAAGAACAGUGGGAAGAAAGAAUACAGACCUGGCAUGAGGAACACAGGGGAAUUCUAAGAGAAGAUUCGAUGAUGGAGUAUCUGAAGAUUGCACAGGAUCUGGAGAUGUACGGUGUGAACUACUUUGAAAUUAAGAACAAAAAGGGAACAGAGCUUUGGCUGGGUGUUGAUGCGCUGGGGCUUAACAUUUAUGAACACGAGGACAAGUUGACACCGAAGAUUGGCUUCCCUUGGAGUGAAAUUAGAAACAUUUCGUUUAAUGACAAGAAGUUUGUUAUCAAGCCCAUUGACAAAAAAGCUCCAGACUUUGUGUUCUAUGCCCCCCGGCUGAGAAUAAACAAGCGCAUCCUGGCGCUGUGUAUGGGGAACCACGAGCUGUACAUGAGGAGGAGGAAGCCAGACACAAUCGAAGUGCAGCAGAUGAAGGCUCAGGCCAGGGAGGAGAAGCACCAGAAACAGAUUGAGAGAGCACAGCUAGAAAACGAGAAGAAGAAAAGACAGUUGGCAGAGCAAGAGAAGGAAAGAAUAGAGCGGGAGAAGGAUGAGCUGAUUGAGCGACUCAGACAAAUUGAAGAACAGACAUUCAAGGCACAAAAAGAGCUGGAGGAGCAGACCCGGCGUGCCCUGGAACUGGACCAGGAGAAGCAGCGAGCGAAGGAGGAGGCAGAGCGGCUGGAGAGGGAACGCCACAGUGCCGAGGAGGCCCGGUUAGCACUGGCAAAGCAAGCCGCGGACCAGAUGAAGAACCAGGAGCAACUGGCUGCUGAACUCGGUGAAUUUACUGCCAAAAUCGCCCUGCUCGAGGAAGCCAAGAGGAAAAAAGAGGAGGAGGCAUCCGAAUGGCAGCACAAAGCGCUCUCGGCACAGGACGACCUGGAGAGGACCAAGGAGGAGCUGAAGAUUGUGAUGAGCGUGCCGCCACCCCCUCCCCCUCCCCCACCCGUGGUGGCCCCCCUGGAGAACGAGCACGACGAGCAGGAUGAGAGCAGCGCAGAGGCCAGCGCAGAACUCUCCAACGAGGGCGUCAACAACCACCGCAGCGAGGAGGAGCGCCUCACUGAGACCCAGAAGAAUGAGCGAGUUAAGAAGCAGCUGCAGGCUUUGAGCUCUGAGCUGGCCCAGGCUCGGGACGACACCAAGAAAACUCAGAACGAUGUCCUCCAUGCAGAGAACGUGAAAGCAGGCCGUGACAAGUACAAGACCCUGCGACAAAUCCGGCAAGGAAACACAAAGCAGCGCAUUGACGAGUUUGAGUCGAUGUGAGGGAGGCAGUUACGGGUGCUGCUCGUUUCACAUUGUGGUUUCUGUUUAGAGCUGAACCUUCCAGCAGAGGGGUGAGCAGGGCUUAACAAACCCAUACAGAUUCAACCGCGCCAUGCCAAAGCUCUGACCAUGCACCUGUUCUGAUCAAGAGGAUACAUAACUGAUUGAUGGAUGUGCUUACAUGUAUACAGUAUAUUAACAAACAAAAGGGAAACAAAAGGACAGUUUUAGAGCUGUAGUGUGGCCUCAUUUUGUGAAGAGGUAAGGAAGUUAAGCAAAUCCACAACACAUUUGAAAGUUCUUUCUCAGAAGUACAGAUUCGGCUGGUACUUUUAAUAUACGUUGGGCUCUUUUGAAUUUUCCGAAUGUUGUAUCUGUAGAAUUAUUUAGCAUUGCCAUUUGUUUAAAAGUAAUAUCUAAUGAACAACCAUUGUACUUUCAGAAGUCAGUACAAUGGUGUGGGGAAGUUAAAUCCAACUGAGAGAGCAGAACCCCUGCAUUGGGUUUCAGUGUUUCAUGUCCAAUCAUCAUAGAUGGUUUUCUUUGCCUCCUUGCUCACAAAGGCUUGGAAUACAGGUAGCCGCUCUGCUGUUGAUAAGGCAAUGGGAUGGAAUGCUGGCUGUGUAUAAAAGAUCUCCCCAACUGUCUGAUGUGGAGUCUUCAGUAGAUGCAUAUAAUAUGUGUUUGCCUCUGUGCAUCUGUAACUGGUGUGCAACAUAAGCUGCUUUUUACUCACCAUCCACUAUUGAAGUUCUUUCUGGCAAGGGAGCAUAUGAAAACAUCGGUCCCGAGGAGGGGACAGCUGACUACCUCAAUAUUAUACACAUGAUGACUGGACAGUGAAACGCUCCUCAUGAUCCUCCACCCCCACCCCCCACCCUGUCCAUUGUGCACGGUACAUUCUAGAAUGUGUCUGGUUGUUUCAAGUUCCCCAGCCCUUGUGUGUUGACAUAUUGCACUUGAUAAUUGCAUUCCACUCAGAAACGCCUAAAAGCUGGUUUAUAAAAUGACCUCAUACAGGAAGACUAGGUGAAUGUGUGUACAUCUCACCUUUGUUCCAUGUGUGUACAUCUCACCUUUACUUCAUGUAUUGUUUUCCUGCAUCUUUUUUUUUUUUUCUUGUUGGGUGGUUAGAUUUGUAAUACGCGAUGUACAGGGGAUGUAGCUCCAUAUGAAUAUUCAUGAAGAGUAAUAUCUCCAUGGAUAAUCAACUUUUCACGAACACUGACUUCUAGGUACUGAAAUCUGCUGACCCAGAUGAGCUCUAUUGUGUGGCAAAGCUAGUAGAAUACUUGCUUAAAACCUAGUUUGCUGCUGGUCCAUGUCCCACCAUUGCACAUCAGAAAAUGUAUUGGAUUUGAUAUUUUUUCAAACUUUGCACAGUUAUGGAGUUGUAUACUGUAAAUCUGUUAGUAGACACAUUUUGCAUUGAGUUUAACUUCUUUUUUUUUUUUUUUUUGGAAUGGUAGAACUAAAAUGUCACUGUUUUUAGUUUCCCUAGUUUGCACAUCUGCAAAGUUGAGAAUUGAGAGUCUGUUAUGAAUUGCUUUGGGAGAUAAAUACUGAAGCACGAAGGAUAUCCAGCAUAUCUAUGAACAUCUUCUAUCACAAAUCUAAUGCCAGACAUAUUUUCCUCCUCUUGUGCCCCAUCACUGCACUCUGGGCCUGUUUGUUCUUGAUGUGCAUGUUUCCUCACACUGUUCUUCUUCCAUUCUCUAAACCUCAAAUGAGCCCCACAAUUAAAGGUACCAGCCCCUUGGAUAUUGAAGACUUUGUUCAAGUUCAUCUGUAUUGAAAAUGCAAUAGCCUUAUUUUGAAGCAAGUAUAAAUGCAAAGCCACAUUUAUGACAGGAAAACCCCAGGUUUAAUCCAAUGCUGGCAAGAAGCAGGUCGAUAAACCACAGUUCUGCAUCAUUUUUUCCAUUUCCUUUCGGAAGAUUUCAUUUGGACUAGUUUCAAAUUUGGAACGCUAAUCUGCUUUUAGUCUGUAACAGUUCAGGGUGUGUCUCUAUAUAUCAGUGUUUGUUUAUAUCUAAAUAUAACUUUCAGGUUACUUGGAAUCAAGGUGUCUCUCAGCCAUUGGGUGUUAAGCAUUUAAAUUCACAUGCAAUUAUUUUAUCUGAAGCCUCGACUUUCUCUCUGAUGCCAGUUCAGCUUACUUCCAUUGGUAUUAUGCAAUUCAUAAUUCCUCAUUUAUCGAUUUUAAUAUUGAAUUUUGCCAUCUCUUGUAAAGCUUUUUCAUGCGCAGCACAGUAGGUCAAGUUACUUGCUGCAAAUUUCCCUUGAGCGUUUUUUUCUCUCCAAAGAAAGUGUUACAGAAGCAUUUUGAGAAUUUUUUUUUUGUAAUUGCAAUAGUAGAUAAUUGGGUUGGCUGGUUAACUACAAACUAUAAAAUCCUGGUGUGCAAAUGUUGUGCCCAUGCUUCAAAACACUGCGUUUCAUCUGGCACCUCAAGUUUGAGGUUUCACAAAUGUUAUUCAACGACGCAUGAGCAUUCAUUUCUCUUGGAAACAUUUAGAAAAUUGUUUUGCCAUAGCAAGUGAAAUACUGUGCUUCCAAAUAAAUUUUUAUUUUCCUGAAACGUGUGCGAACAUUGAUACAUAGUAUCUGUAUCAGUGUGAGAAAUACAAACUACUUAUCAUGUUUGCUGUUCAUGUAUCUAUAUAUUAUAUAGAAUAAAUAAAGAAUGGAUUUAAUCUGUUUAUAUUGA